AUGAUUAAAUCUUCAUUUCUAGCUACAACAACUGCUAUGGCAGCACCCUCAAAUCUCGUUGGUUAUCGAAGUAAUAUUAAUCAAAGUUAUGUUUUUGCUUUAACGGGAUCUCGUAGUGGUACUAUAUGGGGUACAAAUAUUUACACAGAUGAUUCGGAUCUUCCCACAGCUGCUGUACAUUCAGGCAUUGUUCAGUACAAUCAAACAAGCGUAAUCACGGUCACAAUAUUAGCUGGUCAAAGUAGUUAUACAAGUACUACUCAAAAUGGUAUUACUUCUCUUUCAUACGGCUCUUGGGGUGGUAGUUAUACUAUUGUUAGUGUCAUUGGAUGA